UCCGGAAGAUGCAGAAGCAGCGGGGCGCUAUGAUUACUGCUACCCUGCAUGUAGUUUUCGCACUACUUGGAUUCGUUUAUGGGGCAAAAAAUAAACCAGUUUUCAGUGAGGAAAUCAAAGAAAUAAUACAAACAGUCCACGACGAGUGUGUCGGUAAAACCGGGGUCUCUGAGGAGGAUAUAGCGAAUUGCGAAAACGGCAUAUUUAAGGAGGACGUGAAAUUGAAGUGCUAUAUGUUUUGCCUUCUGGAGGUUGCCGGCCUUGCCGAUGAAGACGGGACUGUCGAUUAUGAUAUGCUGGUCAGUUUAAUCCCAGAAGAAUAUUCAGAAAGAGCGUCAAAGAUGAUAUUCGCCUGUAAUCAUCUAGACACUCCAGAAAAGGACAAAUGUCAGAGGUCUUUUGACGUUCAUAAAUGCACUUACGAAAAGGACCCCGAGUUUUAUUUCUUAUUCUAAGGAUCUAGCUGCUGACGUCUAUGAGGAACAUAGUGAUUAAUAGUACUCUGAAAUAAAUUGCGUGCAAUAUGAA